AUGAGGUCGAUUAAGUGCGUUGUAGUCGGUGAUGGUGCUGUUGGUAAGACAUCGUUGUUAAUUUCAUACACAACGAAUAGUUUCCCAGAAGACUAUAUUCCCACCGUUUUCGAUAACUACACUACAACAAUUGCGCUUGAAGAUAUCAAUUCGCCCAAUGGAACUCAUCAGAUUUACAAGCUACACCUGUGGGAUACUGCUGGUCAGGAGGAAUACGACAGACUACGGCCACUGUCGUACCCGCAAACCGAUAUAUUCAUAAUUUGUUUUAGCGUUAAUGAACGCGCUAGUUUUCAUAAUGCUUUUGACAAGUGGUUUCCUGAGAUUAGGCACAACACGAACACGGAGAGCACUGAAUGGUUCCUGAAAAGUGGUAAAUACCCGAUCUUGCUUGUGGGUACGAAAGCCGACUUGCGUGACAGUGCUCAUGAGGAGGAUAGACUGAGGGAGAUCAACGAAGAUUUCGUAUCACGUGCGGAGAUCAAGAGGCUUGUUACUGAAUGUGGGUUCAUGGGCUACGUGGAGUGCUCAGCUGCCACUCAGGAGGGGGUGGUUGAAGUGUUUGAGACUGCAGUGAGAUGCGUCAUAUAUGAGCAAGACGGACUUUUACGUCGUAACCAUCAGGGCCAUGUUGCGGUUAACACCACAUCUGCCUUCGCCUACAUGGGCGAUAUGAACGAUGAUGAAAAUGGCAUUAAGAAUGCGUCCAAUAGGUACGGCUUUGAGGGGGGGUCAGAUGGAGCUGCCAAGACUAGAGGGCGGGGACAAUCAUCAAAAGCGCCACAAAGCCCAAAGAAAAAGACGAGAAAGGUGUCGAAAUGUGUUAUCUUAUAG